AUGCUAGAAUGCUCUCGUCCUCUUGAUUUGGUUGUGGCUGUCAUCAAGUCAUGCACGCCUAAUGGUCUUGGGGGUCUGAUAGUGACCUUGAAGGAUCCUACAGGUACAAUUGGUGCCAGUAUUCAUCACAAGGUCCUCACUGAGAGUGAGUAUGGAAAGGACUUGACAAUUGGUGCAGCUUUAAUACUUCAAAAGGUUUCGAUUUUUAAGCCUUUGAGGCCUUCACAUUAUCUCAAUAUAACACUGAGGAAUUUGAUAAAGGUGAAGUUUAUUUCCGAUGCAUCUUUUAGAUAUAAGUAA